UCAAAAUUCUUUACCAUUUCAGAUGUUCCUCUGGUUAUCAGUGUUCUCCAAGGAACCCCAGGUUCCCGGUCAGCGUUCGCCUGAGGAACUGGUAACUAAGAUGCUGCUGUUCGAGUUGGGCUCUUUGGUGAAGCGCGCUGAGCGUCUCCGCCAGGAGAGGGCGACGGAGAGCCGCAGGCGAAGCUCCUGUGUGGAUUACAGCUGGCUGGCUACAGGUCCACCGAAGUCCUCCUACUACGAGAUUCCACCUGGCGCGAUAAUGGAGCUCCAGGACCUGUGUGCCAAGAGAUCCCUCCCUCCCAAUGCGGUCCCCUCAUUCUCAG